CGUUUGAGAGUUCGGAAAGGGGAGUGUGUGAUCUUUGUUCGUUCUCUCGGGGCGGAGGAGUUUUUACCACGUGUGGUCGACCUUUCGCAGAGACGUGACGAGGCGACAUUAUUGGAAAGAAAAAAACAUUGCGUUUACUACAAGGAUGGCGGGGACGCGGAAGUUACAACUAACCUUAAGAUUGACUGUUGUCGCGGUUCACCUCCGUCCAAGCGAAAAGGCCGACGAAGUGUACCCGAAGAAGUUCAGAAACGACAGCGACGCCUCCCGGGGCUCGAUCCCCACGCCCCAGGAGGUGCCGAUGCCGCUCCCCGCCCAUGACUCUCCUCACUGGGCGGCGGAGGGGAACGCGACCGGGGUGGAGGACGACCUCCAUCCCGCGACACUCGAUUUCAACGGCACUGUAGGGCCUGCGCACGUCUCCGAGGAGCCUCAUCCGUUCCCUGGUAAGGACGAAGGGAGUCUCCACAGCCUGGCGGAGGAAGAAGCGCGCCAUCACGACAGAGAGGAGGAGGUGCACCGCCACCAGCACGUGACGGACGGCGUCUCCACGCUGGCCGAGCCGACCGCCGCCGAUGUCGAAGGAAUUCAGGAACCCGUGGUGAUGCCCGUCACGGAGGGCAAGAAUAAAAGCAAAUUCGACCCCGUCGCCGUUUACGGGCUGCCCAAGGAACUGAUGCCCAUCCACCCUGGCGGCGGCUCAAGGUUCGACGACCUUGAGAAGGAAAAACUGGAGAGAGCAAAGAUGGCGCAGACCAAGGUCGAUGACGACGACAUAGAAAACGGGAACUCGUACGACGCGGAAGGACUAUACAGUUCUGCCGCAAGACUCCAGAUUAGCUUCACGCUCUUUUCCUCUUUAUUGUCUGUUAGGAUUUUAAUCUAGGAAUUACAUCCGUCAAAUCAUAUGAAUUUCAGUCAUUUAACAUGUGAGAGGAAAAAGAAAAAAACGUAAAUCCAGUGUAAAAUGGGCAUCACUAUCACAUAGCAUCAUUGAAAAAAGACAUGAUCUCACUUGCUUUAAUGUCAUGAAAUCGUAUUUGAACAAUCAAGUAAAAUGUUCAUACUAAUCUUUUGUAAUAUAUGUUCCUUAUAGCUCUAUAUGUACUUGUAAAAUAAAUGUAGUGUUCUGUUUUGGGAAUAUAAACUUGUGAUAAAU